AUGACCCUGAGCCAGACGGCGGGAGAAGGAUCCGAUCCCGCUUUAUGUAUUGCAGGUGAACUUCGAAACUUGGGUCGUGGCGCGGCUGUGCUUGGGCUACUAGUGUUUUCAGUUUAUUCUGAUCGAAGGGGACGUUAUUACCACUACCACGCCCUCGAGACAUUCAUCACCGUCAACACCAUAGAGUUGGCUACAGAGCUACUAGAGAAGCACGCCUCAGCAACGGCCAACCGGCCCAAGAACGUCAUGAUCCACGACCUCCUUGGUUGGUCUGAAGGUGUCGCUUUUCGCAAACACGACGAAUGGCACAAGAAACAACGACGCUUGAUGGCUUCAGCUUUGCAUCAUACAGCUGCGCGAUCACGUAUUUCGCGGGAUCAGACCUCGUUUCAGAAGCAUGUCAGCGCGGCAGUGGGUGAUUUCAUAUUACGAUUGGCUUAUGGGUAUACCCCUGGUCAAGACGACACCCUGGCUAUGGUACAUAGGGCAUUCUCGUACAUGGCGAAAGCAUCGGUACAAUAUUUCCUUGUCAAUGAUUUCCCUUUCUUGAAAUAUCUUCCUGCUUGGUUUCCUGGUGGAGGCUUUCAAGCGUUUGCCAAAGAGGGAAAAGAAUCACGAGUCAUGUAUGCGAGCAGUUCAUUUGAGAUGGUAUUCGAACAAGUGCGUACUGGCAGAACGGAGGCUCCGUCCUAUGUUUCCCAGUUGCUCGAGGCCAAGGGAGGGGCUAACAUAACCGACACCGAUAUAGAGUUGAUUAAAUGGACGCUGCGUCUUUGUUUGCGGGUCUAUUUUAAAACUUCGGAUCAUUUCAUCCUUAUCGGCGAUUCUGUGGAAGACCCGGCCAAGCUUGCACAAGCCGAAAUCGACACCAUAAUCGGGCGGGAGCGACUACCGGAGCUUAAAGACCGAGAAAAUAUGCCAUACACAGAUGCAUUAAUACAAGAAGUAAUAAGGCUAUGCCCGUCGCCCCGUCUUCCGCAUACUGCUACCGAAGAUAUUCAGCUUGGGGACCAUCACAUUCCAAAGAAUGCAACUAUCAAUGCCAACAUAUGGGCCAUGCUUCGCGAUCCAAAACAUUAUUCAUCCGCACACACCUUUGAUCCAUCUCGUUAUCUCAAACCGAUACCCGAUCCUGAUCCUCGCAAGUAUUCCUUUGGCUUUGGUCGCCGUGUAUGCCCUGGGCAUCAUGUAGCAAACAAUGCCACCUGGAUCAUGUGCACCGGAAUCCUGUCGGUAUUUGAUCUCCAGCCAAGCCCUGAGUUGCUCGCAAGAGUUGAGGAACUUGGGGCCGGUCGUCUUUGCAGAUGUACAAGCUGUUCCAACCGUAUUUAG